AUGAUGCCACAGAAGUUUAUAGAAGAGGGUAGAAACCACACUUCUGUUGUUGUAUUUGUUCUCCUAGGAAUUACCAAUGAGAAAGAGCUGCAGUUUAUUCUCUUUCCAUUCUUCUUAGUGAUCUACCUGGUUACCUUAUUGUGGAACCUGGGUCUGAUCAUCCUAAUCAGGAUGGACUCCCAUCUGCACACACCCAUGUACUUCUUUCUCAGUUUCCUUUCAUUCAUAGAUAUCUGCUAUACAACAUCCAUCAGUCCAAGGAUGCUGUCAGACUUUUUCAAAGAUGAGAAAGCUAUUUCCUCCAUUGCCUGUGCCAUUCAAUUUUAUGCUUCUUCUUGGAUGGGUCAGGCUGAGUUUUGCCUCUUGGCAGCCAUGGCCUAUGAUAGAUACGUGGCCAUAGGUAACCCUCUACAGUACUCAACCAUCAUGGCGCCUGGGCUCUGUCAGAAGAUGGUUGCUGGGGCCCUCGGGACGGGUUUCCUCUGUAGUUUACUUGAAACAGUUCCUUGCUUUAGUCUUGACUAUUGUGGGCCAAAUGUCAUCGAGCACUUCUUCUGUAAUAUAACUGAGAUCAUUAUCUUGUCUUGUUCCAGUCCCGUCAUCACCCAAAUGAUUCUGUUUUUAGUAGUUUUCUUUGUAGGCUGUGGUUCUUUGCUCAUUAUUCUGCUAUCCUAUGGUUUCAUUGCAGCUUCUAUUCUGAAAAUAUCCUCUCUGAAAGGCAGUGCCAAAGCCUUCAAUACCUGUGCCUCCCACCUGGCAGUCGUGACCCUCUUCUAUGGCACAUCUUUCUCUGUAUACCUUCAUCCUCGUUCCAGGCACUCUGAGAAGCAGGAUAAGAUGCUGUCAGUAUUUUAUAUUAUAAUUAUCCCUAUGCUGAACCCUCUUAUUUAUAGUCUUAGGAACAAGGAUAUCAAAGAGGCACUUAAGAGGGUGGUAAAAAGGGCCACACAUUUUCCUCAUUAA